UAGAUAAAGAAUAAGGGGUAGGAUUUAACGACUAGCUACUAGAGGCGCUAGAGAAGGAAGACCGAAAGAUAAUAAAGAUUUAAGGUUACUUUCAAGUAAACAUGUUUUUUUCUAAGUCAGAUCUCCCGGUAUUAGUAUUUGCCUCACCCUAUCUCUGCUCUGAAGAUUAACACUGUGUUUCCAUUCAGUGUUGUGGAGUUAAGCUCAAGAUUUAUGUGCUCCUGAUAUUCAUAUCUGGUCAGGAGUUAAGAUAUGAAAUAUAAAUAGUUCAACCACGCCGACUACAAUUUCCUAUCAAGGGAAGGUGUGCAGCGCAUAGACUUUUGAAUAUAUAAAGCCUGUUUCUGCUUUUGGGAGCUACGACUGAAGUGUUAUACCAAGCAGAUGCACUGGGGUGCGCUACUAUGUAGCAGAGCCUAGCUGUGCAUCACAGCUCUCAACUUUAAAACUCCUGAGAAUUUGAUGAGAGAGGGAUCCACAAGAACAUGACAAAUGAUGAGAGUUCAAACCUUAAGAGAAAAAUGGGCUUAUUGGAGACGGAGACAAUUGUCUUUAAAACAAGCCGAUUUCAAGGAUAUAUUCAAAAAAUCAACUUCAGGAUCUCUUGUGGAGGAGGAAGACCAACACAUGAAAUUGUCCCUUGGAACCAGCGAAAUGGGCCUCUCAUCCCAUUUGCAGUCUUCCAAGGCAGGAGCCACACGCAUCUUUACCAGCAAUACCCACAGCUCUGUGGUGUUACAGGGCUUUGACCAGCUUCGACAUGAAGGCUUGCUUUGUGAUGUGACCCUGAUGCCAGGUGACACAGAUGAUGCCUUCCCUGUGCAUCGUGUCAUGAUGGCCUCUGCUAGUGAUUACUUCAAAGCUAUGUUCACAGGUGGAAUGAAAGAACAAGAUUUAAUGUGCAUUAAGCUUCAUGGCGUGAGCAAAGUUGGUUUAAGGAAAAUCAUUGAUUUCAUUUAUACUGCAAAACUUUCUCUGAAUAUGGACAACCUUCAAGACACACUGGAAGCUGCCAGUUUUCUACAGAUUCUGCCAGUUUUGGACUUCUGCAAAGUGUUUCUCAUAUCUGGGGUCACUUUAGACAAUUGUGUUGAAGUUGGACGGAUUGCCAACACCUACAAUCUGACAGAAGUGGAUAAAUACGUUAACAGUUUCGUCUUGAAGAAUUUUCCUGCAUUGCUGAGCACUGGGGAGUUCUUGAAACUCCCUUUUGAGCGUCUUGCCUUUGUGCUUUCCAGUAAUAGCCUUAAGCAUUGCACUGAACUUGAGCUCUUUAAGGCUACCUGUCGCUGGCUACGCCUAGAAGAGCCUCGGAUGGACUUUGCUCCAAAAUUAAUGAAGAACAUACGAUUUCCACUGAUGACACCACAAGAGCUCAUUAAUUACGUGCAAACCGUAGAUUUCAUGAGAACUGACAAUACUUGCGUGAAUCUUCUUUUGGAAGCCAGCAAUUACCAAAUGAUGCCGUAUAUGCAGCCAGUUAUGCAGUCAGACAGGACUGCCAUUCGGUCUGACACCACUCAUUUGGUUACACUAGGAGGAGUGCUGAGGCAGCAGCUGGUUGUCAGCAAGGAAUUGCGCAUGUAUGAUGAAAAGGCCCAUGAAUGGAAAUCAUUAGCCCCUAUGGAUGCCCCAAGGUACCAGCACGGCAUUGCCGUCAUUGGAAAUUUCCUCUAUGUCGUUGGUGGACAGAGUAAUUAUGACACAAAAGGAAAAACCGCUGUUGAUACAGUCUUCAGGUUUGAUCCUCGAUACAAUAAAUGGAUGCAAGUUGCAUCUUUAAAUGAAAAGCGCACCUUCUUCCACCUAAGUGCCCUCAAAGGAUAUCUGUAUGCAGUUGGUGGGCGCAAUGCAGCUGGGGAACUACCUACAGUGGAAUGUUACAACCCAAGAACAAAUGAAUGGACCUACGUUGCCAAAAUGAGUGAGCCUCACUAUGGCCAUGCUGGAACUGUGUAUGGAGGAGUAAUGUAUAUUUCAGGAGGAAUUACUCAUGACACUUUCCAAAAGGAGCUCAUGUGCUUUGACCCUGAUACUGACAAAUGGAUCCAGAAGGCGCCAAUGACCACUGUCAGAGGUCUGCAUUGCAUGUGUACAGUGGGGGAAAGGCUCUAUGUCAUUGGUGGCAAUCACUUCCGAGGAACAAGUGAUUAUGAUGAUGUCCUAAGCUGUGAAUACUACUCACCUAUACUUGACCAGUGGACCCCAAUUGCUGCCAUGUUAAGAGGGCAGAGUGAUGUUGGGGUUGCUGUCUUUGAAAAUAAAAUCUAUGUGGUAGGUGGGUAUUCCUGGAAUAAUCGUUGUAUGGUAGAGAUAGUGCAGAAAUAUGAUCCAGAUAAAGAUGAAUGGCAUAAGGUUUUUGAUCUCCCAGAGUCCCUUGGUGGCAUACGAGCUUGCACACUCACGGUUUUUCCACCUGAAGAAACCACACCAUCACCUUCUAGAGAGUCCCCUCUUUCUGCACCUUAAGAUCAUCCCUACAUCUAAGAUGCUGUAGUCCUAUCUUUGCAAUGUGUCAUGAUUCUCUUCUUUUCCUGCCUCCCCUUAAAUAGUGUAUGUUAGGAUUAGCCUCUGGUAAUUGAUACAGAUAUUGGAAAAAAGACAACAUUGAUGUUAUUUGUGCUAUUUGUUUGGCUUGGAGUGUUU